AUGUUCGGCCUGUUCUCAAAGAAGGUGCCGGCGGAAAGUCCGUUCUCCCUUCUUACGCGGAUCUUGGACAGCGAAGCACACAUGAACCUCCUUCUGUCGAUGCCACCGGCCUCCCUGACGUCAGAACAACGAACUGCCCUCCUCCAGCUGAGUCGCCACUUCUACUUGACAGCCGCCGAGACAGAGACCGACCCAGGCGCGGACUCUCCGGUGCAGGAAGCCGAUGGGCACGAACACGAAAGAGGUGGGGAUGCAGAGGACCGACAGAUGAAGGAGGGGUCAGAAGAGGCGGAGGAGGGCGACCACGAGGCAGAAAGCAGUGUUCCAGAAGAAACUGAUCCCUCCCCUGGCGGGACAAGGACGGAGAACACGGCCGCGCGCUCCGCCCGCCUACACAGCCUCCCCUUGAGACCGCGAACCCGUCCGAGAGCUGGUGCUUCUCAGGCUCCAAGCAAUGGUCUGGGCAAGCGGUCCCGAGAACUGGUGUCCCUCAGCGGUUCUGAAGACGAGUCCGAAAGCGACGACGAAGAGGCUCCCCAGGCGAGCAUUCAGCGGUCUCGCAGCCACCGCGACGGACCCUCCUCCAAACGUCCUCGUGUGGCCCCGCCAACCCCAACUCAAGCAAACAGCCCCUGGUCACGGUUUCUGAAACUCAAGCCCGCCGACCUCCAGCUGUCGCAAGCUGUCCAAGAGCACCUCGACGAAUACGGCGAUGAUGCUGCCGCGUUCUUGCUCGACACCGACGAGUGCCGGGGCGAACUCAGCACUGGAAUGAGCUCGGCAGAGCGUGGCAAUGCGUUUAGCUCCCGCUACGCAUAUACCUUGAGCCUGCGGGACCGUCGUGAAAAAGACACCGUCCGCUGGGGUUUCGUGAUGAUCAUGUACUUUGACCUGGUGAAGCUGGUCCGUCCUUCUGGCACCGGUCGGGUGGGGCGAAACAUGCUUAGAGACCUUCAGGAGUACCUCGGUGCCGUCUUGGAGUACGAGGGUAUUGACACCAACGUGGCGUUGGCGGAUGUGAACGAGUGGAGCAUCCACGGCAGCAAGCUGAGUGCCCUCUGCGAAGCGUUUGGUCCAGGCUGUCUGUUCUUUCUUGACGGUCAUUUGACCCCGGAUUUCUUGAAGAACAAGUACACAGCGACGGGGAAAGCUCACGAAGAAGCAUUCGCCCACCUCCACGGGAUCGGCCUGGCGAGCAAGGUCGCGGAGUCGAGGGUCAACCAACUGGCGGCCAACAUUCGGGCCUUGCUCAUCCAACCGUUUCAACAACUGCGCAGCGACCUUCAGUCCCACAGUCCGAGGCGGCGCGGCAGUUCUUCCAGCCAUCUGACUCAAACCACAAAUUCAAGUGGCUUCACCGCGCAAGGUUCUGAUGGAGGGAGCUCGUCUGUUUCCAGCGUCAUGACGGACGGGGAACACAUCAAUGCCUGGGCACGAGAAUGUUCAGCGGCCGCGGUGGAAUCAGAGAGUCCGUCGUGA